AUGGAGCUCAGCGGACGCCAUGCGGUCCUCUCCAACAAAGCGUACACCAUUUUGGACCAAUACUUCACUGCGCAUGAGGAUGAAGUAGUCGAGAUCGAGAUGCUUCCUCCGGCAAUACAGCCAGAAGAUGGUAUCUGUAUGAUCGAUGGACUUAGUCUGGGUAUCCCUAAAAAGAUCCUUGCAUUGGCUUUUUUGGAAGCGAGAAGGUUGUUUUUUCAACAUAAAGACGAUGCUAGUGUUUCUACCAUUGCUUUGGCUGCAUCUAAAGUCAUGUUGUUGUUUGACACCGAACAAAUCACCGCAGCCAAUUUACGCAAGAAACAGAUAGUCCAAGUCCAACAGGAAACUGAAAAGACUGUACCAAAUGAAUCACUCAAGGCGCUGCUGAGACGGGAAAUAGACUUCCUUGACAGCAUCCUCACUUCACCAUUGCAUCGUCAGUCGAAGUCCCCAACGUUAUGGUAUCACCGCUCAUGGCUUCUACAAUAUCUGGUUUCAAAUGCAAUGUCUCUCCCUGGCGAUCAUAAGGAGACGCUCUUGGAUUUUUCGAGAAAGGAGCUUUCUGCUGUCUACAAAUCGGGGGAGCGACAUCCCAAAAACUAUUACGCGUGGCAAUAUGCACGAACACUGGUUACGCAUUUAGUUGGUAGUCAAGAAUCCGUUACCGAAACACAGCAGGAACGGGCGGAUUUCUUGUCCGUUUUCAUCAAGGAAACUGUUGACUCUACUAAAUCCUGGUGCUGUUCCCACCCCAGUGACAUCUCGGGAUGGUCAUUCCUGCUCUUUCUCUUGCGCAUGUCUCCCAGCAAGUCGAACGGAAAUCUACUUGCGGACGUCGUGCACAUCGUUACGAGGCUGCGGUUAGAUAACGAGUCUGCGUGGAUAUUCAUUCGUACGGCGUUAGACGAGCCAUCGAUAGAGAAAGAUGCUGCUUCACUCCAUGAUGUUCUGCAGCAGUGUGAAAAACAGCAGGAUGAUGUGGACGCUGACCUCUUCGCUAAACGGAUCAGGCAGAUUCUGAGUUACCUACCCAAUGACUCCGCACUAAAAGGAUAA